GUUUGAUAUUCUCUUCCAUGAUAGGUAUUGAAGAUUUAUGUACAAAGAGAGAUGAGUUACAGAAACAGAUUCUGUCAGAAGAGGAAGAAAAGACAAAGAUACAAAAUGACAUCAGAAUUUUAACAGAAAGACUGGCUAAAAUCAAUGAGGGUCUCGCUAGGAAAAUUGCUUCAAGAAAUGAAUAUGACAAGACAAUAGCUGAAACUGAAGCAGCUUAUAUGAAGAUUCUGGAAAGUUCUCAGACUUUGCUUCACGUGCUGAAGAAUGAAACGUCCAAGGAAAAGUCUCCAUUGUCACGAAGUCAGAACACAAUGAGAGAAAAAUCACGAGAACAACAAACAAGCAGUUGAAUCCUUAUUUCUCCUUACUGUAAUUACUAAAAAUCAUUUCUAUACAAAAUGUAAAUGAACUACAUAUAAAAUAAUGUUUUCUUCUUUUUAUAUAAUAAAAAUAACAUUUUCUGCUCA